UAAUUUGCCGAAGAAAAGUUGUGCGCUUCCUUUCUCAAGAGAAGGUGUGGAAGGUGAAAGCAUCCAUCGCUGUCGCAAGUCGUUUAAGACGUAGAAAAACAUACUAAAAAAAUACGAAAAUGUCAGACAAAGAAGCAUUAAUUCAAAAAGCUAAGCUUGCUGAGCAAGCUGAAAGGUAUGAUGAUAUGGCUAAGGCUAUGAACGAAGUUACCAAAAUGGGUGGUGAUCCCUUAAAUACAGAAGAGAGAAAUUUGUUGUCAGUUGCUUAUAAGAAUAUUGUUGGUGCUAAAAGAUCGUCAUGGAGGGUCAUUUCAAGUAUCGAACAAAAAGCUACAGAUAAACAGGAAUUAGCCGUAGAAUACAGAAAAAAAAUUGAAAAAGAACUACAUGAAGUGUGCAACGAGGUCCUAAAACUACUUAAAGACCAUUUGGUACAGCCAGCUGUUGAUAGUUCUUCGGAAGGUUCAGCACAAGCUGAGUCAGCAGUGUUUUAUUUAAAAAUGAAGGGAGAUUACUUCAGAUAUUUGGCUGAAGUUGCAGACAGGGAUGAGAAAGAGAAGGUUGUAGAUGAAGCUGAUGGUGCAUACAAGCAGGCAUUUGAUAUCAGUGAAAAAGAAUUAAAAUCUACAAAUCCAAUCCGUCUUGGUCUUGCUCUGAAUUAUUCAGUGUUUCACUAUGAAAUUCGUAGCCAGCCAAACGAAGCAUGCCAGCUUGCAAAGAAAGCAUUUGAUGAUGCUAUUGCUCAAUUGGACAGCCUCCCUGAAGAUUCAUACAAAGACAGUACCUUGAUAAUGCAACUGCUGCGUGACAAUUUGACGUUGUGGACAGCUGAUCAACAAGAUGGAGAACCCGAUGCCGAGUGAAUAUGAACUUGAGAAAUAUGUAAAAAAUUAUGCUAGGCCAUUUGAUAAAAAUUAACUUUUAAAAAAAAAUUGGAAGUGAUGAUGAUAAUGAAAAGAGAUACCAACAGUGGGAAGAAAGUGGUUUUUAUUACGUAAUGAAUACUAUAUAUAUAUGACAAGGUAGCCUAUAUAUUUUUAUUGUGAUUUUGCCCUAAUAAGUUCCUUAUUUCUCUUGCUACUUUUGUAGAGUUUUUAUCAGCAUGGAAAUGAAAGGUUGCGUAACUGACAGGACCAGCUCAUUGUAUUGUUUUUUUUGGUUGAAAACGACAACCAGAACCUUUUGUACGUAUUUUUCCUCAAUAAAUCACCGAGACGUUUCUGUUUUAAAAAAAUCGAUUUUGUUGUAUUUAAGUUUACGGAUAUCUAUACUUUCUGUAUUUUUACACUUCAUGAGAAAAUAUGGUAAUGAAACUUAGGGUUUGUGUUAGUUUUUACUAUAUACAUGUGUUCGAAAAAAACUUCGUUGAAUGGUACGA